AUGAUGCCUCUAAGACCAUCAAAGAGCGCUCUGCGCUCUUUCCACUACCAGAAGUACAUUGCUGCUGGUAGAAGACCGUUCACCUCUUCGUCCGUUGCCGGUACGGUUUCGCCCCACCGCUUUUCUGCUCAAAAGCGCAACCAGAGCACUGCAACAGCUACGGCUUCAAAUUCAAGACCUAUUCCUAGUCCCGCCUUCAACCAGGAGCCUCAUCGCAAUGAAGUUUCACCUCUGCAAAAUCGGCAGCUACCCGAGCUGGACGACUCGUUUGUCGGUCUUAGUGGUGGACAGAUCUUCCACGAGAUGAUGCUCCGACUUGGUGUUAAGCACAUCUUUGGCUACCCCGGUGGUGCCAUUCUCCCCGUGUUCGAUGCCAUCUACAACUCUAAGCACUUUGACUUCGUUCUUCCUCGCCAUGAACAGGGUGCCGGACAUAUGGCCGAAGGUUACGCACGUGCUUCUGGAAAACCCGGUGUCGUCCUCGUUACUUCCGGACCAGGAGCCACCAAUGUCAUUACACCUAUGCAGGACGCUCUUUCUGACGGUACCCCAAUGGUUGUUUUCUGUGGUCAGGUUCCCACUAGCUCGAUCGGUACCGAUUCUUUCCAGGAGGCCGAUGUCAUCGGUAUCUCGAGAGCCUGUACCAAAUGGAAUGUUAUGGUUAAGUCCGUUGCGGAGCUCCCUCGUCGGAUCCAGGAGGCUUUCGAGAUUGCAACCAGCGGUCGCCCGGGACCAGUUUUGGUCGAUCUCCCCAAGGACAUCACCGCUGGCAUCCUUCGCAAGCCCAUUCCCAUGAACAGCACUAUCCCCUCCCUCCCGAGUGCUGCUACCAUGGCUGCUCGUGAGCUCAGCAUGAAGCAGCUCGAGAGCAGCAUUGACCGUGUCGCCCGCCUGGUUAACAUUGCCCAGAAGCCCGUUCUGUAUGUCGGGCAGGGUCUCCUCGCUCACCCAGAUGGUCCCAAAGUGCUGAAGGAAUUGGCGGACAAGGCCUGCAUUCCUGUCACUACCACUCUGCAGGGUCUCGGAGGCUUUGAUGAGCUUGACCCCAAGGCUCUUCACAUGCUGGGAAUGCACGGAUCUGCGUACGCCAACAUGGCUAUGCAGGAAGCCGAUUUGAUCAUUGCCGUUGGUGCCCGUUUUGACGAUCGUGUGACUGGUAACCUCUCCAAGUUUGCUCCCCAGGCCAAGUUGGCUGCCUCUGAGAAACGUGGUGGAAUCGUCCACUUCGAAAUCAUGCCCAAGAACAUCAACAAGGUCGUUCAGGCCAACGAGGCUGUGGAGGGUGACUGUGCUGAGAACAUCCGCCUCCUGCUUCCCCAUGUCAAGCCGGUCUCUGAAAGACCAGAAUGGUUUGCUCAGAUCAAUGACUGGAAAGCCCGCUUCCCCUUUUCUCUGUACGAGAAGCAGAGCCCGGAGGGCCCCAUCAAGCCCCAGGCUUUGAUUGAGAAACUCAGCGAUCUCACCGCCCCCAUCAAAGACCGCACCAUCAUCACUACUGGUGUCGGUCAGCAUCAGAUGUGGGCUGCCCAGCACUUCCGUUGGCGCCAUCCCCGUACCAUGAUUACCUCUGGUGGUCUCGGUACCAUGGGAUACGGCCUUCCCGCUGCUAUCGGCGCCAAGGUCGCACGCCCCGAUUGCCUCGUCAUUGAUAUCGAUGGUGACGCUUCGUUCAACAUGACUCUUACCGAACUUACCACCGCUGCUCAGUUCAACAUCGGCGUCAAGGUCCUCCUGUUGAACAACGAAGAGCAGGGCAUGGUGACACAAUGGCAGAACCUGUUUUACGAGGACCGAUACUCGCAUACCCACCAAAAGAACCCUGACUUUGUGCCCAUGGCUCGGUCUAUGGGUGUCGCUGCUGAGCGCUGCACUAAGCCUUCUGAGGUGGAGGAGAAGCUGAAGUGGCUGAUCGAGAGCGAUGGUCCCGCUCUGCUUGAGGUCUUCACCGACCGCAAGGUGCCCGUGCUCCCCAUGGUUCCCGCUGGUAGCGCCCUGCACGAGUUCCUGGUCUAUGAUGAAGCCAAGGAGAAGGAGAGAAAGGCCCUUCUGAGAAGCAGAACCGCCCCCGAGUACCUUCACAAGUGA